UAUAAGCAAACGACGUACAUUUUACGUCCAUGGGAUGUACCUGGGGAGUAUUGCUUUCAUUUUUCUUAUGUUAAUAACACUGCCAUAACAAUAUCCUAGUUGAUAACCAAUUCCCUACUUCAAAUUUUUGUUUUAUUUUGUUAUUCUCGUAACACUCACGAGAGACGUCCCUCCACACACUUAGACAGACUCAUUCUCGCUUUACUUGACGGAUUUGUGGAAGUAUAGUUGAAGAAUGAAUUAAACUGUCUCAGACAAAAAUACACAACCAAAUAAACCUUAUUUUACAAGUUGUGAUUCAAAGUUUUAUUAAGCUAGUUAUUUAAAACAUACCUUCUAUUAUCUGUGCUAAAAUUGCUAUUUCUAUCACUUAAAGAUAUCCCUAAUUAGUAUGUUAUUGUAUUUCCUAGUAUACUAUCUGUAAUAUUCCUUAGUAUUUAUCUCUAUUUCCUAUAACUUUUUCAUAAUAUAUAUACAUAUAUUUUUGAUCCUUUUCUCUUUCUUCUGUAGGUUAUCUAAUUUCCUUCACUCACAUAUACUGUUUGCUGUGUUUCAGGGCGAAGUGCUAUAAAAUGGUGCCAACAAUGCUAACCAGAAGAGCGGCUGCAUUGCAAGAGCAAUUAAAACUUAAAAAUGCCCUCAGUGAACUAAAGUCACUGAAACAACUAAAUGCUGAUUUAAUGAGGGAACAAGAUGACAGUGAAGUGGAACUGAGAUCAAUUAUUGCCAAGAACUCCCAGCUAAAGGGUGAACUAGCUGACCUACAUAGCGCUCACACUCUGGUCUUAGAGGAGCGCAACCAACUCCAGGAGGCAGUGCAUUCUUUUAACCAAUGCAUAUCUACUUAUGAUGAAGCUUUAGGAAGAAUUACUAUGUUGGAGGGUGAAUUAUGUAGCGCACAUAAAACUAUUGAUAACCUUCAGUCACAAUUACAAAAUGUUGAAAUGCAAUCAACAAAUAACUUGUAUGAUGAACUACUUACUUCAUCCUCAACAAUGCCAGUGUGCAUCGAUCUGACUUGUGAUAGCCCUUGUAUUAAAAAAACCAAGCCUCAAAUAGAUCUCCCCUUUUUAAAUAGCCACAAUAAAAUAAAAAAAUACAUUAGAAUUAGUAAAAUAAUAAAAAAAACUCAAAAAUUAGUAAAAAACCAGAAGAAAAGCAGUGAAAACCUGAUACUAAGAAAAGAACGUUCAGUUUUGUUAAAUAAGUUAAAUACCUUUUCUCUUUCUUUUCAAAGUAGCAGGGAAAAAUAUGAGAGUGAAAUCCAAACCUUAAAUGAUGUUAUUCAACAGCUGGAAGACUCACUUAAAACUAUGACUAUUAAAUAUGAGCUGUCAAAAAAGCAGAUUGAUGAACAAAUUCUGGCAGCUGAUGAGUUGUUAGCUCUAGGUACCUACAAUAUGGCUCGUUUUGAGUCAUUGGCAAAUAAAUGUCAA